CUCUUGAACUUUGCACCACAUACGGCACGAAUGUUUUGCAGAGAGCCGCAGCAGUCACAACUGUCUUUCGCAUUUGUUUUUUCUUCGAACGUUUGACGUCCUGUCAGCACUUUAAACAGACAGCGACGAAGAGGCGACGACAACCCGCCGGGGGCUUGUGCAAAGGCUAACAGGGACCUUUCCUAACAGUCCGGUCAUCAACUGCACACUGUGCGACAGACACGCGGCUGCGUGCUCGGGUGGAGGGACGGACACUCCGUGCUCCACUCGUCAACGCGAACGUGUCCGAGGGGGCAACUUUUGCAACGCCGCGCGAGCUAGCCGACGUGCUAACUAGCGAGCCAAAUGCUAGCCAGCGCCGAGUGAGCGGUCGUAAAAGUGUCCGAGGCAACAAAUCAUGGCAAUUCGAGAAUCGCGAGACACGAACACGUCGCCGGGGUUCACCGCCGCGUCUGGACACGGAGAGAGUCCAUCGCGGCACGGCGGCAGUUCCGCGUUGGUUCGAAGUCAGGACGUGCCAUCGGGUCUGUCAGUGUCCACGGUGUCCAGCCAAGACACGGACGAGAGCGGCGAGUCUGUCGACGCCAAGAGGCCGAGGAUGGCCGACAGGAAGCCGUGUAAAGUGUGUAACUUCACGAGACAGAAAUCCUACGGGCUGGUCGUCCCCUCCCUGGACGAGCUGAAGAUUAAAGGCUGCGAGUUCCUGGGCUUCAGCCCGAGUGACCAGGUCACAGUGGUCCUAGAGGAUGAUGGGACGAUCGUGGAGGAUCAGGCCUACUUUUUGUGUUUGCCCUUAAACACAAAGUUCAUGCUGCUGCACGAAAAAGACUCCUGGUCGCCAGUUCGCAGGAUGGAUGGUGGCACGGCCUGGAUGGCCAGGGACUCCAUGCUGCUGGAGGAUGAUGCUGUGGAUGCCCCCGGCGCUGUAGCACCCUGGUGGGACCUGGCUCAGCAGCUGAAGCAGGACCUGGCCAGCAUCAUCCUCAUGUCUGAGGCAGACUUACAGGCCUUAGUAGAUGCCCCAUGCCCGGAGCUAGCCUCUGCUCUGGCCUUCCAAGAGAAGAAGGCCAAGGACCUCCAGGAGACAGUGCAGAGGGUUUUGGACCGAAGAGAGGAAGAGAGGCAGUCCAAGGAGUUGCUCCAGCUCUACCUCAAAGCUGCGGAGAAAGAGGACGGGCAGCAGGAAGAGCCGAGUCAUCCCGUCCAGGGAGGCGCUGAAGACGUGGAAAUGUUGGGCAGUGUGGAAGUGGACGGCACAUCUGGAUUCAUGUCCAGGACCCUGAUGGUCUUGAAAGGCAAGACGAGCCCAGAGACCAGGCUCUCCACGGAAGAUCUGCAGAUGGUGGUGACCAGAGGGGUCGAAGCUAUGGAACAGGUGCUGGGCUGGGACAGGGCCCGGACGUCGGAGCUGCUGCAGGCCUGCGAAGCCGAGCUGACCGGACGCCUUCAGCAGGUCCAGGCCGUGCAGUCCGUCAGGAGCAACGCUCAGCUGGGCGGCGGAGGUACGCCAGCCCGUGGCAGCGACUAGGCCCGAGGUUUCACCUGAGCAGAGACUGAAUUCACGCGACCCGCCUCGGGCUCAGUAGGAUGGGAUUUGCCCUGUGUUACUGAUAAUAUCCACAAGGCUGGAAUACAUGAAUGCUAAUGAUGUUGAUGUUUGUGUCAUUUUGUAAAAAACUUGCAAACCUCUUGAAUGCGUUUGCCUCCAGAGCACAAGGCAUAUUGAUCAAAGACAUAUUGUCAUUAACCACUGGCAGCAGCUUUCCAUUGCCUCACUUUUUUGUGCCAGGCUGUGAAAAAAACCCAAACAUAAAUAUGACUAUGUCCAUGUAAAAAAACUUGAAGCAAUAGGUUCACAUUCAGGGGAGUGUGUGCUCAUUGGUUUUCUGGCUGAGAGUUAGAUCAAAUUAAGAGCACUCCCAUGUCUUCGUUGAAUAUGAAGCUGGAGGCAGCAAGCAGCUUGAAACUGGGAAACCACUGGUCUGCUUGUGUCCUGGUACGGUGACACAGACCACCCACCAUCACCUCUUCAGAUCCUUUUGUUCAACCUGUAGAUUACAGUACCACCAGUCUGCUCAUCUAACUCUUAGAAAGAAAAGCGUACCUCCCAAAAUGCGAAACUAUUACUUCAAGGUUUUAAAAAAACCCUGAAUCUUUGUUGAUUCAGUUUCCCAGUAUUGUUGUUUACAUUCUGCCCCUACUUACACACUGCCAAUUAAGACGGAAGGUAUGCACUCCUUUUUUAAUUUAUUUUUUUAGAACCUUAGGUUGAAUAUACUAUAAGAAAUAUAGCUACAGAAACCCUGUUGAUCUCCAGCACACACUGAGAAACAAUACAGAUCAUUUUUGUGUUUGUGUGUGUGCGUGCGUGUGUGUGUGUGUGUCUGUUAGAGAAAUUUUACAUGUGCGAUCAAGGAAUUGAUAUUUACAUAUUAAAUACAGGGCCAUUUUUCGGGACAUUUAGAGAAGCAGUGUGUUCUUAGUUCAAUCAGCUUGUUACCAUGCUGAUCUAGUGCCUCAUAACUGCAAAGAAGAGAAAGACGUUGAGACCCCACUACAGUUCUGUUGGUUUUAUUUUCCAUGUCUACUACUAGACUCUCUAUGUCAAGAAAUUUUUAACUUGCGAUAAAUAACACUAGCAUGGUCUGAGAAUUUGCCUAAAUGUGGUAUUUUCCAUUCUAUCUAGUCUUCAUGUGCCACGUGAAAUUUCAUCAGUAACUGACCUGUAACCAUCAGCGGAUUCUGUACAUGUAAGAAUGAAUAGUUGAAAUAUGAUGAGUACAUGAAAGACACACUACCCAAAGUGACCUGCGCCGCACUGCAUUGGAAUCACAUGGAGUUCCGACAGAAACCGUGGCGAGGAUCAUACUGAGCGAAGCUAUUUUUAUGCGCUAUAUGCAAAUACUUACAUCGGCCAUAUGUGAUUGUGUAAAAUCUAAGUGCGUCAGGAAAUACAUGCGUUUGAAUUGAUCAAACACUCAUUUGUCAUUCCAGCAUUAAGGUUGGGGAUCAAAUACAUACAUGCCUCACUGAGCACAUUGUGAGUGAGAUUGACGAAGCCUGUAUGUCUGAACGCGUGCGGGUCCUCGUGACUCAUAGGCCACGAGGAAGUCGGCCUGGGUCAUGCCUGUCAUCUCAUCAUCGGUCUCUCGGACAAUGAACACAAAUGAUGGUGGAUUUUAAUUUGUGGAGGGGUCUUCCUUUUGUGUUGUGGCGAGAUGGAGAUGUCACUUUACCACCUUGUACUUUGGAAUUACUUUCACUCCUAUAUGCGCAGUAUUGUGUCGUGAGGUUUCAUCCUGCCACUGUUUUACACUAAAGCGUAUAAGAGCUCUACUGUGCGAAUUCUCCAACGCAUUCACAUUUUGUAUUUUGUAUAUUUAUUUUAAACAACAGUUGCUACAAUGGGAAGUUGUAUGUGACUGUACAGUAUAAGGUACCUGUUAUACACAUGUUGAAUGGUGGCAGGAGGGAUUUUCCUAAAUAAACUCGCCCUCAAACUUU